CGUCCCCAGAGGGCCCGCGCGCCUCGUGCCUCGCGCCUCGCGCCUUGAGCCACGUCCCCGCCCCGGGCCCGGCGCGCCGCGGAGUUGGCUGCUGGGCGGCGCGGGACUGGGUGUGGCCGGCGGAUCUCGGCGGCGCUGGUCUCGGCGGUGCGCUGUGCUCUGCACGCCGGCUCCGCGCUCGAGGGGCUGCUGAGCGCUCGAGGGGCUGCUGAGCUCCCCGCGGACUCAGGCAGCGGCCGGUCGACGCGGACCCGAGCUCCCUCCAGUUGCUUUCACUUGCUAAUUUCUGAGGCAAACAAGUGAAAGGAUGAGUGAACUGGAGCAGUUGAGGCAGGAAGCUGAACAGCUUCGGAAUCAGAUCCAGGAUGCUAGGAAAGCAUGUAAUGAUGCAACGCUUAUUCAGAUCACAUCAAAUAUGGAUUCUGUGGGCCGAAUACAAAUGCGAACGAGACGUACGUUGAGGGGUCACCUAGCUAAGAUCUAUGCUAUGCAUUGGGGAUAUGAUUCAAGGCUACUAGUCAGUGCUUCCCAAGAUGGAAAAUUAAUUAUUUGGGAUAGCUAUACAACAAAUAAGAUGCAUGCUAUUCCUUUGAGGUCUUCCUGGGUGAUGACCUGUGCCUACGCUCCCUCUGGUAAUUAUGUCGCGUGUGGAGGGCUGGACAACAUCUGCUCUAUAUAUAACUUAAAAACCAGAGAGGGGAACGUGAGAGUGAGCCGAGAGUUACCGGGUCACACAGGCUACUUGUCCUGCUGUCGAUUUUUAGAUGACAGCCAAAUUGUUACAAGCUCAGGAGACACAACUUGCGCUUUAUGGGACAUCGAAACUGCCCAGCAGACCACCACAUUCACUGGGCAUUCUGGAGAUGUGAUGAGUCUUUCUCUGAGUCCUGACAUGAAGACUUUUGUUUCUGGUGCUUGUGAUGCCUCUUCAAAAUUGUGGGAUAUUCGAGAUGGAAUGUGCAGACAGUCUUUCACUGGACAUGUGUCAGAUAUUAAUGCUGUCAGUUUUUUCCCAAGUGGCUAUGCCUUUGCCACAGGCUCUGAUGACGCCACCUGCCGGCUCUUUGACCUCCGCGCAGACCAGGAGUUACUGCUGUACUCGCACGACAACAUCAUCUGUGGGAUCACGUCCGUGGCUUUCUCAAAAAGCGGGCGCCUCCUGUUAGCUGGUUAUGAUGACUUCAACUGUAAUGUGUGGGACACGCUAAAAGGAGAUCGUGCAGGUGUUCUUGCUGGUCAUGAUAACCGUGUCAGCUGUUUAGGUGUAACAGAUGAUGGCAUGGCUGUAGCAACAGGCUCCUGGGACAGUUUUCUCAGAAUCUGGAAUUAAUAGUGCGUAUAGGUUUUCUGUUCUCCAUUGCGAUCUGGAGAAAUCAGUGCUACAGCCUAUCGAUGUGAGAAGAAAAUUCUACCUUAUAUUUGCAAGUGAAGAUUUUUCUAUUGAGAUUAUUAUAUACAAAAAGAUUUCAGUAAACUACAAAACAAGUGGGGGAAAAAAAAAGGCAAGGGUGCUUGCUGAGAUCAAAAGGACCAGUGCAUUAACUUGAGGAGUUGAGCUAAUUUAACCUUGAUGAAUUUUUGCUUGUACUCAAAUUAUUUUGUGUAGGACAGAAUGUACACAUUAUAGCCGUUUAUCAUGUUUGAUUGUGUUUGCAUUUUUUAAGACCUACGUUUUUAACUUUAUACAUAAUACCACAUUUUUGAGUUUUGUAAUGGAGGAAGUAGGCACAGUAAUAGAUGGAAGUGAUCCCAUAUGUAUGUGUACUUAUGUUUGAAGAAGGUCUCCUUGAUUUCUGACCUUCCUUUUUAAUCUAAAAGAGCUCCUGGUUGCUUAAUUUAAGAAUGCUCACA